GUUCGCCUCCAUCAAAUCAUCAGGAUUGUCAUGGCGACGAUAACGGAAGAACACAUUGAAUUAAGGAGGUUUGACCCCAAGGUCCCUGAACGUGCACCGGAACCUUUGCUGGAACAGCUACCCGAUGACUCCCCUCCCGAUGCCGCGUACUCAACCACUGCAAUUCCAGACGGAGGCUAUGGUUGGACUAUUGUAUUCUGUUGCUCUUUGAUCACUUUCUGUCACAAUGGGAUCAUCAACUGUUGGGGUGUCUUGCAGGCCGCUCUCUUGAAUUCUGAACUUCAGCACGUUCCGCCGUCGACGCUGUCCUUCGUCGGCUCCCUGGGGCUUGCUGGCGCUGCAGCUUAUGGACUCAUUGCAACUCGAGCAUUGGCAUAUUGUGGCUCCAGAAUCGCGGCUCUAAUUGGAAUCUUGAUUAUCGGCCUGAGUUUGAUCGGAAGCGGGUUCUGCACUACAAAUGUCCCAGGCUUGUUCGGCACAGCAGGAGUCCUUGCCGGCGUGGGAAUGGCACUCGUAUACACCGUCUCCAAUGCGCUACCGGUCCAGUACUUUAGCGGACAUUUGGGCCUUGCCAAUGGGCUCGUCAAACUUGGUGGCGGAAUAGGCGGCUGUGUCAUGGCGAUGGCUCUCGAAUCUUUGAAUCGCCAUGUUGGCAUCCAAUGGACCUUCAUCAUCCAAGGCCUUAUCACGCUUGGAAUCGGCCUCCCUGCCGCCUCACUGCUAAAGGAUCGAGUCCCAUACCGCCGCAACGUACCAUUCAUGGAGCUGGAGAUGCUACGCUCGAUCCCCUUCCUCGCCAUUUUCUUAGUUGGUGUCACCGGCACAUUCGCCCUCUAUGUCCCGCCAUAUUUCCUCCCGCUGUUCGCCCAAUCCGUCGGUCUGAGUUCGAGUACCGGCGCAGGCCUCGUUGCGGGGUUCAACGCCUGCAACGCGAUUGGGAGAUUCAUAGCCGGCCCUCUGUGCGACAAGAUCGGUCCCAUCAACAUGCUUCUCAUCACCAUGGCCGUAAACGCAGCAACGAUGCUGGCCAUCUGGCCAGUCUCAGACACCCUCGGCCCUCUCGUUCUAUUCGCCACUCUUAACGGCGUCGCUAAUGGAUCCUACUUCACGACGUUCCCGACCGUCAUCGCGGGUAUGGUCGGACCGGGUCGAGCAGCGGUCGCGAUGAGCAUGGCGAUUACGGGGUGGACGGGCGGGUAUCUCAUGGGCGCGCCGAUUGCUGGAUAUUUGCUGCAGGCGGCGGGUGGGUCGAGGGACGCGGGAAGAGAACAAGGUAUCAGUGUCUAUCGGCCUGCUAUCUUCUACGCGGGAGGGAUCUCGACUCUCGCUAGUCUCUUUGUCUUGUUGGCCCGCUUCAAGUUGACGAAACAGUUCAGGAAGCGUGUUUAGAUUGACGCGGAUGUACGAUGUACAUAAGAAGUAAGGAAUGUACAAAUGAACAGUAGCGAUAUGAAUCACAUUAAAUAAGUAUAAUAUGUACAUUUCCGAUAGUAAACAAAUUUUUUUCUCC